AUGUCGAAGUCUCACGUCGACGGUAUCUCGGACUCGAGACGCGGAAAAGGAGGACGGGAGCCUUAUCUUCUUGGACUUGAUAGUGCGUCGAUGCUUCUCAAAUCGCUCAUCCUCCCUGCUCUCCCCUCAUCCUCCCCACUCUCCCCUCAUCUUCCUUGCUUUCCCCUCAUUCCCCCGCUCUUCCCUCUUCUCCCCGCGCCCCCCUCGUCUCCCCGCUCUCCCCUGCUCUCCCCUCAUCUUCCCUGCGCUCCUGUCAUUCCCCCCUUUCUCCCUUCAUCCAACCAGCCCCCCCUUCAUAUCACUGCCGCACUCUAUUACUCACCCCUCAUCCCCUUCCCCCUCCGAUACCUCAACUUCCCCCCUAGUGAUGCCUCGUCUCCCCCCACCCCUCCUCCUCCCCCCCCUCCCCAUCCACCCUUCAACUCCCUCCCCUCUCCUACCACCACCCCCUCAUUUCCCUCAUCUCUCACACCCCCCUUCACUCUUCCACAACCCAGCCACUCAAGUGGGUGA